CCGGUUGUCGUCCCGCCCCCACCGCUGACAGGUUGCCUCAGCUUCACCCCGUCUGGCUGGGCUGUGGAGGAGCCGUGAAGUCGCCUGGGUCAGAGGCUCUUAAGGCUGUAGCGUACCGGAAAGCGCCAGAGUGCAGCCACCGGGGCGCUUUGUUGUUUUCCGGAUUCUGGGGUCUGGAGUUGGUGAAGUAUGUUAUGUAUAAAAGUGGAUUAAUUUAAAUGUUAAACGAAAAUGGCCAAUUCUUUAAGAGGAGAAGUACUGAAUCUUUAUAAAAAUCUGCUGUACCUUGGACGGGACUAUCCAAAAGGAGCAGACUAUUUUAAAAGGCGUUUGAAGAAUGUUUUCCUUAAAAACAAAGAUGUGAAGGAUCCAGAGAAGAUCAAAGAACUUAUUGAACGAGGCGAAUUUGUCAUGAAAGAGCUGGAAGCCUUAUACUUCCUUAGGAAAUACAGAGCUAUGAAACAACGCUAUUAUUCAGACAUCAACGAAACUAAGUGAUCAUUACUACUAUAAAUCAGCUGAAAACUCAGUACCAUCUGUUUUGUGUAUACCAAAUAUUCUAAACUAGAAUGGCAAGAUAUACAUGUGUAAAAAAAUACCUGAACUGUCCUGCUGAACCAAAACUAGUAUGUUUCAACCAGAUAACUAAGAGAUACAUCCACAAUCCUUUAUGCUCAAUUUUUAUUAAAAUAACAAUUUAACUUAUACUACCAAUUAUAAAUUAAUAAGAACCCAGUAAGAAAUUGUUUUCUAACUUUAGUCUAUUACUUUUAGCCAAUUUCUCCCUUGUACUGACAAGAAAAUGCCAUUUAAUAAGCAAAAUAAUUUCUUAGCACAUUUAUUCUCUUAUUUUUGACCCAAUUUGGUACAUUAAAGCACAUAUUAAAGGAUGAUUAAAAAAAUAACACCUAGUAAUGAUUUAAAUGCAGUUCUAGAAAUAACAGAUAUGAAGGAAGAUUACUUCUGACCUUGAAAUAGCCUCCCAGUGAUUGGCAUUACAUAACUAUUAUUUCCAUUAUUAACUUUGCUGUUGACUCCCUUGGGCCUUAAAUCAUUUGUUGUGAAUCAAUUACUUUCUUUCAAAAUAAAAUAAUAACCUUAUUCUA